AUGUCUGAUAUUGAUAUAUUGUCUUCAUAUGAUUCAGUUUCAUCUACAUCAAGCUCAAAUGUAACUCAACAGUAUUCAGCAUCAUCAAUUGAAAAUCUUUUAAAACAAAAAGAUGAUUUCAAACAAUUUAUCGUUAUCAAGAAUGAUCAAAAAAAUGUUUCAUCACUUGCUUGGUCAACAUUUGGUUUUCCUGCUAAGCGUGCAGAAGAUGGUUCUCAUCAACGAAUAAUUGGUUUUGCAAGUUGCUUCAAUUGUAAAGAUACUUAUUCAUUUCAAUCUGGUGGUAGUGGGAGCACUAAGCAUUUGCUAAGACAUAUAUGCUCAAAAAAAUCAUUAUUAUCAUCAGAAAAUAAUCAAGAAGGUCUAAUAGAUAAAUUCAUCAAGUCGAAAAAGUCAACAUCACUUAAAUUAACUGCACAAGAUCGUACAACAAUUCGAGAUGAAUUCACAAAAUGGAUAUGUUCAUCAAUUCGUCCAUUCAACAUUAUUUCUGAUCCAGGAUUAAAAACAACUUUAAAAACAAUUAUUGAUAUUUGUCAAAAAUAUCAUCGAUUAAUCGAUAUUGAAGAUAUACUUGUAGCACCAACAACAAUUUCUUAUAAUGUUAAUCGAUUAGCUGAUCAUUACAGGUCUUUGGCACGACCUAUAUUAAUUGAACCAGCUGAAGCUGGUGUUUUAACAAUCUGUCCAGAUCUAUGGACCGACAGUUUAAAAAAAUUAAUUAUUUAG